AUGGUGACCGGCCUGAUUUCCUCCAUCUACACAUUUCUCUUCACAUCUGAACUGCUCCUACGGAUUUUGGUGCGUGGCAUACGCAUCUUCUGGGGUGAAGACUGGGGAUGGAUGUUGCUGGAUGCAGCGAUUGUCAUCAGCAGCUUGUUCGAGUUUGUCAUCGAGGCGAAUCUGGAGAACUGGGAGAACGUCCCGCGAGAACACUGGGAGAACGUCCGGAGUCCAGAGGUCAUCGUUUCAUCGAGCAACGACACAGAACAAGCCAACGUGUUCACCAACAUGCGCCUCCUGCGUAUCCUUCGGGUGGCCAAGAUUACUCGCGCCUUCCGCAUUGUUCGCUUGGUGCGCUUCAUUCGUUCACUACGGACCUUGCUCCUGUGUAUUGGGCGCACCUUGCGGGCUAUGGCUUGGUCUGCCGUGUUGCUUCUGCUCAUCAUGUUCCUCUUCGCGCUGAUCUUCACGGACCUCUGUGCCCACACCUCGACCCGACCGAUGACGAAACUCCGCCGAGGACCUAUGACUCGACUCGACCGACGAUGA